UUCCGCGGCUGCUUUGCUCUGCUUCUCUUGAUUUUCUUCAAUCUUCAAGAAAGAAAGCAGCCAUGGCCUCUUUGCCCUUCCACACAUUUCUGGGCCAGACCAUCCUAAAUCCCCGUGCAUUGAUCAUAAUUAGGAAAGGGCUACCGAGUUUUUGUUUCUUUGUGGUGUUAUUACUGACGCCAAGUUGUGCUUUUUCACAUAUACGCCAGGGUUUUGAAGAGGACAAAGGUAGAAAGUAUGAUUUGUUUCCAGAAAUUUUGAUGGAGGAGGCAGUGGCAAGACUAAAUGAACUUGGAGAGGUUAGUGAUGCGGAUGAGUAUCUACAGAGGACUUUUCAGAGCCCAGCUUCAAUCAAAGCAGGAAACCUCAUUCGUCUGUGGAUGGAGGAUGUUGGUUUGAAAACGUGGGUGGACAAAAUGGGCAAUGUGCAUGGUCGAACAGAAGGAAUAAAUCCAAGUGAAAAGGCUUUAUUAAUUGGCUCUCAUUUGGAUACUGUAAUUGACGCUGGAAAGUUUGAUGGCUCACUUGGUAUAGUUUGUGCAUUAUCUGCAUUGAAGGUGUUGAAUAUGACCAAUAGGAUGGGAAGACUUAGGCGGCCAGUUGAGAUUAUUGCAUUCAGUGAUGAGGAAGGAGUUAGGUUCCAGUCUACAUUUUUAGGGAGUGCAGCUAUUGCUGGCGUAUUACCAGCCUCAGCACUACAUGUACAUGAUAAGAGUGGGGUGACAGUGCAAGAUGCAUUAAGAGAAAACUCUAUAGAAACUACAGAAGAAAACCUUUUAGAGCUCAAGUAUGAUCCAGAAUCUGUUUGGGGCUAUAUUGAGGUUCACAUUGAACAAGGACCUGUACUGGAGACUAUUGGUCUUCCUCUUGGUUCAGUUAAAGGCAUUGCUGGACAGACACGACUGAAGGUGACUGUGAGAGGUUCACAAGGGCAUGCAGGGACGGUUCCAAUGAACAUGCGCCAGGAUCCCAUGGUUGCUGCUGCUGAAAUAAUUGUUUUGUUGGAGGGCCUCUGUAAACAACCCGAGCAAUAUCUUUCUUAUGAUGGUGAAUGUAGAGCUUCUGAGGUGCAGUCUCUUUCUGGAUCUCUUGUGUGCACUGUUGGAGAAAUUUCAAGCUGGCCAAGUGCAAGUAAUGUUAUUCCAGGCCAGGUAACCUUCACUGUGGAUGUUCGUGCAAUUGAUGAUAUGGGUCGAGAAGCUGUUCUAUAUGAACUAUCUAAGAGAAUGCGUCAAAUUUGUGACCGGCGUUCGGUUUUCUGCAAAAUUGACCGUAAGCACGAUGCAAAUGCAGUAGUUUGUGACAAGGAAUUGAGUUCGCAGCUAAGCUCUGCAGCUUAUGCCGCACUUCAGAGAAUAAAAGGUGAGGUUGCAAUUGACGUGCCUGCACUAAUGAGUGGUGCUGGGCACGAUGCAAUGGCAAUUUCACAUCUAACUAAGGUCGGCAUGCUAUUUGUCCGAUGUCGCGGCGGGAUUAGCCAUUCUCCUGCUGAACAUGUAUUGGAUGAUGAUGUAUGGGCAAGCAGUACGGCUGUCCUUGCCUUUCUGGAGACUGCCCUGUUGUAAUUAAUGUUUCUAUUGAUAAUAUUCUUAUAAACUGCGCCAAUGUAAUUAUCAAGUGAGUAAUGUAAAUAGUACAUGAUUAGCCUCAAGUACCUUUCUUCUGCUGCAAUGACAAUAUAUGUACCAUAUUGAGCCAGCCUUCGUGACCAAUGACCACUGUUACAUUGAGGGCUGUCA